UUGGCGUUGGCAAGCUCGGGUAAAUUGUCGGAAAAUGAUUUUGAACUUAUUAUAGAUUUGUUUGAACAUAAUAUGAAACACCUGUAUCAACGAUCCAAUUGGGGUUUCGACAAGACAGCUAAAAGAGUCGAAUUGGAAAAUCCUCUGGCAAGGUUAGUUUUCUUUAAACUACACAAAAAAAUUUGUAUGCCCUAUAUAUCAAUAUUUAUGCAACAUUAUAUUAUAGUUGCUUUAUGGUUACAUCUGAUUUUUUUUCCAUUUUUAAUUUUUUAUUGGUUAAAAACACUUUAUUUCAGGACUUCUAUGAAUAAAAUUAUGGCAACAGUCUUUAAUUUUAACCAGCAAUCUUUAUCUUUCUUCUUUAAACAUAAUUUCAUUGUGGACGCAUAUUCCCCGGAUGAUGAUAGUGAUUAUUUAAUAUUAUCCAGGUCGAUUUGA